CCAGCCCCCGGCUUCACCUGUUCGCAUGCACAUUUCUUCCCCUUUUUUUCACUUGGGAUUGCCUUCCAUCGCCCCAUGAUAAUGACCAAAAACCUCAUGCCUAUAACAAUGCUGUCGUACGCCGGCUGCAGCUUGCUGAUCCUCUCCGUGUCCCUCGCCGGUGCCUCCCUGGCCGAGAUGGUGUUCCGCUGCCCGGGCUGCACCGCGGAGCGCCAGGCGCUGUGCCCAAAGCUCACCGAGACUUGCGCGGAGAUAGUGCGCGAACCGGGCUGCGGGUGCUGCCCCGUGUGCGCCCGGCAAGAGGGCGAGAUGUGCGGCGUGUACACCCCGAGGUGCUCCACCGGUCUGCGAUGCUACCCGACGCCCGACUCGGAGCUUCCCCUGGAGCAACUGGUGCAGGGCCAGGGCCAGUGCCGGCGCAAAGUGGACACCGAGACGACCACUUACAGCCAGGAGCACCGGGAGCAAACCAGCGGUGAAGCCGUGGAGCCGCUGCCCGAGCAGGGCGUCAGCGAGAUCCCGGUCAUCCGGAAGCCCAGCAAGGAGACCACCUGGCUGGGACCCAAGGAGAGCGCCGUACGCCAGCACAGGCAGGAGAUGAAGACCAAGAUGAAGACCAACAAGGUGGAGGAGGUGAAACCAGCGCGGCCCAAACAGACUCAGUGUCAGCAGGAGCUCGACCAGAUCCUGGAGAGGAUAUCCAAGAUGCCCUUCAGAGAUAACCGAGGGCCCCUGGAAGACCUGUACGCCCUGCACAUCCCCAACUGUGACAAGAGGGGGCACUAUAACCUCAAACAGUGCAAGAUGUCUCUCCACGGUCAGAGGGGCGAGUGCUGGUGCGUCAACCCCCACACCGGCCGACCCAUCCCAUCAGCCCCCACUGUGAGGGGAGACCCCAACUGCAGCCAGUACCUCCGAGAGCUGGAGCUGGAGCUCCCCGACAUGACCCAGAUAUAGUGUGGCGUGAAACCAAGAAAAGAGAGAAAAAACAAACAAACUGUAAAGUACUUGGGAACAAAGAACAUCUGAGUAAGCUAUAUAUUAUCUUUCUGUGUGUCCGUGUCUCUAGAUCAUUUGAUGACAGUGACGUUUGAAAUCGUAACAAAUGAUAGAAUCCAGCUUGCUGCGUAGGAUGUUAACCGCAGAUUAUUCCGUAGGAGAAGUAAAGAUAAGACUCCUCUGUCCCCUCGUAGAUAUUCAGUAGACGUCCGCUGGAGUGUCGGCGACUUCUUCGCUUUACUAAUUGUGACUUUGCUCAGAGUUGCUCUGUUGUCAGUGUUUUGUACUGUACGUGUUGAAAAAUGAGAAGCCUUCAACAUAUUUGGUGUUUUUAGCUGUUUUUUUUGUUUUGUUUCCGUGUCGUAGCCUGCAGACUACUGUUACGCCUCAUUAACAGAUAACGCCAUUAAAAAUGAUAAUAAAUUCAGUCUGUGCCUGCCUGUGAUUUUUUUUUUUUUUAAUUUGUGGAAGCACAAUUUGGUGCACAUGAAGCCGGGCUGUUUUGGAAAAGGUAAAAGCAUAUAAAAGACAAAGUGAUCUCUAAGUCUUGGCUUUUUAGACAACAUUGCAAAACCAGGGGAAUUCCUGGAAAAUGACAAUUACGGUGAUCGUUCACCUGCAUUUUUCCACUGUUGUGAUAAUAUUCAGCCUUCGUGCUGCACAUUUAAUACAAGAGAGUCUACAACCACACUAACAUCAGCAUGCUAAAAUGCUUUACAGCUAUUUAUUUAACUAAAUGCUAGUGUGAUAACACGUGUUGCAGCUUUUUAAAGCUAAUUGCUAACAUCUAGCUAAAUUCUAGUGUUUUGAAUUUCAUACAGUUUCAAUGGUGGCAAGAAAAGUCAGCGGUUCACCAAAGUCAUCAGGAUAUCAUCAUCUGGAGACUAUGAAUUGCCAUCAUGGUAUUUUAAAAAAUUAACAAAAGUCCUGGCACAAUGUCAAGAUCACAAAAUGACUCACAUUUUGCGCUAAAUGACUUGCUGUGUUGUUCUCUAUGGCGUGAAUCCCUCAAAACACCUUUGGUGCCCAAUGACUACAUGUCAUGUCACAGCAGGCAGUUUUGCCUUUGACAGCAGAUGGAAACAGCCGGUGUACAGAACAACACGUCUUUAACAGUGUCAAGAUCGUAAAGAUAGCAAAAACAAAAACACAACCACUGACUCGACAUUUUACCAUCUUGGCAGAGCCGGACAAAAGUGCAGAUAUGCGUUUUCGUGAGUACAUGAAGUUUAUUUAAAUAGUGAUUUGUCAUUACAAAAAAAAAAAAUUAAACGAGUACAUCAAUUACACGCCUGAUAAAUAUUUU